AUGGCCCAGGCCCCUCCCACUCCUCUGCCCACUGCAAAGCCUGGAGAGUCCCAGUCCCUCCCCCUGGAGGUGGCCCUGAUGGAGCUGGUGUGCCGCCCUCCUGCCUGCUCCCAUGUUAUCCAGCUGCUGGACUGGUUUGAGGAGCCAGAGUAUGUGAUUCUGGUUCUGGAGCUGCCAUCCCCCUGCCUGGACGUGUCCAAGUUCACCAAGCAGCUGGGGGGCUACAUGGAGGAGAGCCUGGCCCAGGUCAUCAUGCGGCAGGUGGUGCAGGCGGCGUUGCACUGCCGUGAGAGGGGUGUCCUGCACCGGGACAUUAAAUCAAAGAACCUCCUCAUCCAGACCGAUGAUUUCCAUGUGAAACUCAUCGAUUUUGGAUGUGGAGAUCUCCUCAAAGAAGACCCCUACAGGCAGUUUGCAGGGUCCCUGUUCUACAACUGCAAGGGGACUUUCUCGGUUGUGCUCCUGGCAGUGGUAGAUGUGGGCAGCUACGGGAGAACAAGCACUGGUGGUGCACUGGCUAACUCCACCUUCGGCCAGGCACUCCGAGAUGGGACCCUUGGCCUGCCACAGGAUGCUCUGCUGCCAGGACCGCGAGCACCACCAGGAUGCCCAUACCAUCGGCUGGAGACGGAGAAGCUGCUGGUCUACAGGGCACGCGAGAGGGGUGUCCUGCACAGGGACAUUAAAUCAUCAAAGAACCUCCUCAUCCUGACCGAUGAUUUCCACGUGAAACUCAGUGAUUUUGGAUGCGGAGAUCUCCUCAAGGAAGCUGCCUACAGGCAGUGUGCAGAGUGGGUGAAGGAUGGGGAGUACUAUGGGUCGUCCCGUGACCAUGUGGUCCGUAGGGGUACUGCUAACCUGAUUUGCUGGUGCUUGCAGAGGGAUCCUAGCAAGAGACCAGUCCUGGAGAAGAUACUCCAGCACGAUUGUAUGAGUUUAAUAGAGGUGGUGGAAGCAUAA